AAGAAGCAACGAUUGACCACAGAGCUGUGGGUCCCAGCGGAGAGUCUGAUAAUCUCAGUCAGUGCAGGAGGGGAUAUUAGCUCAUCUGAUAGCUCAGAUUUAGCUCCGGGGUCUUUAGGAACAAACAAUCUGCUUUGCAUUGUGAGAUCAGAACCACGAGGACCGCCAACGCCAUGAGAGCUGUCCACUUCUGUCCAUUGCUCCUGCUUCCUCUGGUCCUGCUAGCAACCUACAGUGAGGCUCUGCAAUGUUAUAGCUGUAUGGGCUCCAAUAACGACGACUGCAACCGGCAAGGCUCCAAAACGUGUCCCAGCUACUCUGAUGCCUGCGCUGUGGUGGUGGGCCAUGAAAGUGGGGUGAUGAAGUCAUGUUCCUACAAGUCUUUCUGUACUCAGGCCAACAGCCAGGGCUACAGAGCGCCAGGUGUCAGAGUUCACUGCUGCUACGGGGAUGACUGCAAUGUGACCAGUUUUGCCAACAGGCUGCCAGGACUCAACUACCUGCUGCUGAUUCUGCCUCUGUUGUUCCACUGCGUUUUGCACUAGACCUACUGCUCAACUUCACCAUGCCAACAAUAUCCACCUGUAAGACAAAUGCCAACUGGUGUUGUUCUUAUUUACUCCAAAAAUGCCAAAUAACCCUGCCUAAUUGUAUGCGUUAUGCUUAACUACCAUUCCACUCUUCUUUGAUAUACCUCAUGUAUCCAAAUAAAAGCCUAUACAUCAAGCGGUUACUAUAUAUAUAAGCUUGAGGUGCUAAGUGUGACUGCAUGAAUUAUACCAUGUUGGAUUGACUCCAAGCAGUACUGAAGUAGAUUUACCUUUCAAUGGAUUUUACUAAGCCAUUAUCUAAGGAUUCUAAGGGAAGGGCUGUUAUACGCAUAGAUAAUUUAUUAUUAGCUUUAUAUAUUGAUAAAGGAAGAGAUGCUGUUCAUCAGUUAGCUCAACCUGGUUAAAUGCUCUGUACACAAUGUGUGAAAUUACUGUGAAAGGAUUUUACACAACAUGCAUUUACGCCUGAAUAUCUCAGAAGCAGAUGUUCCAGUAUCUAAACAUGGCCCUUAAGAGUUCAAUCAUCUGGUAUGUUGUUACAUCAUUAGCCUUCUAUCUGACGAGCAUGCCACAACUGUGCUGUGCGAGAUAUGUUGAGGGUGGUGAGAAAACACUUCUCACACACAGCAAAUCAACGUAAGCCUUACACACC